AUGUCCACGCGACAGUCGCUGGAGCCUGGGUUUGUUCGAGAUGUUGCAUGCGAGUGGGUUCCUCCCACCUUGUCGCCGCCACAUGCUCACAGGCAGGCGAUCAGCAUGCCUGAAGCCUCCGUAAGGAACCCGCCAGGCGGACCAAACAGAACGAAGAGCCGAGUCAUGCCGACCAUGCAGACGAGUCGACCGCCUGAGGCGCAGAGCCUCUCCGUCAUGGACAAGCAAACCUUCUCAAGCUCAGCCAAGAAGAAGAUGAUUCGCAGGGAGAAGAACAAGGAGCAGAGCUUGACCUACUCGGACCUUCACCUCAUGAGCAAGGACGACCUGGUCCUCUUCGCUCUCCGAGAACAAGAGAGGAGAAUGAUAGCUGAAAGGAAGCUCAAGAGCUUUCAGAUCCCCUACGGAAGCCUCCCAGCCCCGACAUCUCCUCCAGCUCCAGUCCAAGAAGACGUGACGCAGGCUCUUCAAGUCAGCCAGUCUCAGCCCAGGGCUCCGCCUCCUCGCACUCCAGCACAACGGAACUCUCGAGCAGCUCCCAAGCCGAAGGGCAGCAGUGUGAAGUCAAAAGUUGCUGCUGACUCUGUGACCGUCUCCUCCUCUUCCUCCUCCUUCGCUUCUUCCUCCAAGAUCCCCGUUGAGGUCCGUGGAGGCAUCGAGAGCAAUGAGGGAGGAGGGACAACGGAAGACGUCGAGUUCAACGACAUACUGCGAGACUUCGAGUCUGCUGUGCUCGAAAUCACAUCGCGUCCUCCUUCAACCCUCUGA